AUGGCUGAUGAGGCCAAACGGCCGAAGGUGACCCUGAUUGCAAAGGCAGACAAGGGUGAGACACUCAAGGCGACUGGGCCUGGAGAUGGUCGUCUUCGCCCGGCUCCUGCCAGGACAGUUCGGACCGAGAGAGACGUGAAGGUGAUAAAGGAGUCUCACUCCAAGGAAAUCAAGGAACCCAAAGAAGCCAAGGGGCCUGAAGUGACAGAAGUCUUGAAGCCACAGGAACCCAGGCCGCAAGUCCGUACACCUACCAGGCCCAAGGUGCCCGUCAAAGCGGCUGGAGCCCCCAAGCGAGUUCCGGCCAAACGAACGGCCGCAACGGUCCCCAUGCCGGAGCCCAAUGGAGUCGUGGUGACAUCAGCGUCAGUAGUGAAGCCGCCUACCUUGCCAGCUCCACGGGCAGAGCCACCUACACCAGCGGCACCGCUUUCAGCGGCGCAUUUCAAUGUUGGCGGGCAAACCUUUCAGGUUGCAGCAAAAUUAGUGAAGGCAAAGCCGGAGACCCUGUUGGCCAAACUUUUAGCCAAAGCAGACUCGAACCGGCUGAUACAUGUUCCUGUAGACAUUUGCCCUGAUCGCUUUCGGAUUUUGUUAGACUGGUAUCGCUAUGGCGAAAUCUGGGUGCCUCAUACUACGGCGGUCAAAGCUGUUCUUCGGGAUGCCGCCCGUAAGGAACUCAGAGAUGAGCAGGUCUGGAAGGAAAAUGAAGGAAAAGGUCUCGAGUUUCCGAAAGAGAUUGUGGUGAAUGGCGCCUUCCGAAGCUUACAACCAGAUGCCAGCCAAGUCAGUCGGACUUUAGUCACUACAAUCAUCAACAGGUGGGCUGGAUUUCAUACCUUUUUUGCUGGCAUUCUGCAUGAGAUUGACGAGCACUUUAAAUCUGUGGGGUCACGCUCUGCAGACAGCAUAGAUCCGAUAGAUGAAGAGGCAGCUGCAGCAGAGGAGAUAUUUGAUUUUCCCCGAUUUGCAGUGCAGCUAUUUCGAGAAGAGGCGGUCAUGAUGGAGGAGCAGAACCUCCGCCACCCCCGUGGCAAAGCAACGCCGCGUUCGUGGGGCAGCUUGUGCCACAACGCAUCAAUGGUGUCACGCGUGCUCACAGUGGGCGAUGGAGACUUGUCAUUUUCCUUGGCCUUAUCCCGAGCAUUUGGAGAAGCACUGCAGACUACUGCAACUACAUGGCUCACGUGUGAAGAACUUUGCAGUCGGUACGAGUCUGCCGGAAGCACGAGGGAGGAGCUUCUUUCAUCUGGAGUGUGUGUUCUUCACCGGGUGGAUGCAUGCAACCUCCAGUUGGCGGAACUUGGGUGCGCUGCUUCUCCCUUCGAUGUGGUGAUUUUCAACUUUCCUCAUUUGGGAGACGUCGCAGAAGACUGCCAUAGCCCAGCAAGCGAGCACGUGAAACAGCACCAGGCGUUGCUGGCGCACUUCCUUCACUCUGCGAGCUCGGUCACCUCGGAAGUGCACCUGACCCUCUGUGGCGAGCAGGCCAGCCUGUGGGACCUUCAUGGUGCUGCUGAACGGCUGGGCUGGAAGGAGUCUCGGAGCCUUUGCCUGAGUCAUGCACGGCAUCUUUUCUCCACAGAUAUGCUUACGGAGAACAGGCUUCCCCUCCUAGAAGAUUUUGCUGUGGGGAGGCUGGCCAGCUUGGUUGCUGUUCCGGCCGAGCCCACUUGGAGAUGCAGAAGAAAGUGGCGAAACGGCUCCUUGGGUUUUGUCCAUUGGGCAUCGCGGUAUGGCUAUGAACACCGACGCCACGAAAGUGAGCAGCUUAUGAACAUCGGCAAUUGCACAACUUUUGUGUUCCAAACCUCUGAUGCUGGUAAAGCACCAUGCACCUUGGCUGAUGCACAUGCUGUGCAGCAUCAGUGUAAAAUCUGCGGGCAAGAGUGCCAGGAUGGUGAGACUUUGGCCCAACACUUGCUUCUGCCCGCAUCACCAGCGGCUUCAGCACAAAUCCAGGUGUGCCAAAGGUGUUCCAAAGCCUUUUCCUCCCAACGUGCCUUGCAGCAGCACGUUGCCUCAUGUGGCUCAAUCCAGGCUAAGGCGGCUAAGGAGAAAGACUUGAAACAGGGCAACGGGUAUGUUGGAGAUGCAGGGAUGGGGCUGGUGGUCUCUGUUGAUGUUGUGGUGGAGUUGGAAGGUGAGCGACUUCUACAUUUUGCACGUCAAAUGGACACUUUAAGGAAACAUCUUUCCACAAAGUCUUCAGCGAAGCGAGCCAUCGAAGGAGGUGAAUUGACUCUGAAUGGUGAAAGAGUCGAGGAAAGCCGGAAGCUUCAUCCUGGCGACGUGGUGCGGUUGCGUUUGAACAAGGCGCGUGAAAUUCAGGAGUCCACAGUAGCUCGGGCACGGGCUGUCAAACUGGUCACCCUGAAUUACGGAGGUCGAAAACUCACCGCUGAUUCCGCUUUAGACGCUGGCUCUGCUGUAGCAUGGCAAGUCAUUCGUUCCGUUUGCCCAGAUGGUGUGGCAAUUGUUUGGAAGCCGAGUGGGAUGAGGAGUCUCGGAAGCCAUGCGGGUACCUUGCAAACAUCUUUGCCUUGGCUUCCUGAGCUGCAAGACAGUUUCAAUCCUUUUCACGUUUCCCCGACCCCCUUGAGCCGACUUGAAAUUGGAUGCAGCGGCUUGUCCCUAGUGGCCUUGAACGAGCCUGUGCGAAGCGAGCUGUAUCAAUACCUGCUGGCUGGCUGCGUCACUCAUGUGUUCAAAGCUUUGGUGCACGGCCGUGCCGGCUCUGAGGGAGAGACCCGGAUGUUGAACUGGAGAGGAGCUACUUGGAAAACGCCACAUGCGGAAGAAGAAUUUGAGAAAGAGAGUUUCCCAGAGCAAGAAGGUGACAGUGAAGUCAGUGUGCAGAGCGUUGGAGCCUCUGAAGCUGUGAUGAGCACAAUUGAACUCAGCACCGCUUCCGCUUGUGGCAGGUGUUGCGGGUCGUUAUGCUACCUCAUGCGCAUGCAUGGGACUCCGGUGGUUGGAGAUAUGCUGGCACGAUCCGCUCGAACUGGAAGCUUGGACGGUUGA